AAACUAGUUCCAUUAAACAUUGAAUAAUCUUUGUAAAAUUAAAAAAUUUUCAAAAAACUUAAAUUUGCGAUUAAACAUGCUGCCACUGGAGUGUAAAAAUCAACUAACUACCUGUCCUAUGUGUCUAGGAAAAGGGUACUGCAAUGAAGAUAAGUCAAGGCUCUUGUUCACUCAAGAAAAGUCCACGCUUGUUCAUCCUAAGCAUUCGCUACGACUACCAGCUAUAAGCUCUGAAAAUACAAACCUAAAAAGACAAUCUUCGAGUUACAGUACUAAUUUUUCUACCACAGAGGGUGUCGGGGAUGUACACUUACCGAAAAUACUUCAUAGUAAUUCCGUGUAUACCGAAUGUAGCAGAACCAGUUUCAAUCAAAAAAGCAUGCUUUAUCCCGGUGGAGACAAUAUGAAGCUACGGGAGAAAAAUUUUGUAACAGCAACUCCAAACUUUGAAAGACCGCAAGAUGCGUUGAAGCUAGCGUUACUGAAAUUGAAGGAAAAUCAAUGGGAUAAUACCAUGCAAGCACUCAUCGAUAUUGUGCAUAUAUCAAGGGUUCAACCAGAAUUGAUAGAUUCGAAUAUGCCAAUCGUUAAUAGAAGCAUGUGCAGUUUAUUGCGAAAUAUAAGAUCAAACGUAGUAAGGACAGCCUGCCAAGUAGCCGCAGAAUUGUUCAGAACAAUGCAAUGUAUCCAAAGACCUGAAUUCGACGAAUUAGUUGGUAUGCUGUUACAAAAGACUGGAGAUAUGAACAAGUGCAUACGCCAAGACGCUAACAAUGCCUUAGACACGAUGGCUGACUUCAUACCAGCGUCACACUGUGUCCGAGUAAUGUUUAGUAGUCGAGGUGCAGGACACAAGAAUCCGUUGGUUCGUGCAACGGUCAGUCGCCUACUAAACUAUAUUGUUACUUUGAAAGGGGUUAAUGCCUUCUUCUCAACAACAACUACAAAGGACACGCGGACUAGGGUAUUUAUCAUGUGUGCCAAGUUCUUGGUUGAUGGUAAUUGUGAAACAAGAGCGAAUGCAAGGAGCUUGGUAAAGUUUCUGAUGACGCAUAGUGAUUUUGAACAUUUAUUCCAUCAAGAUGUCGAUCGCAAACUGACGGAAAAAAUAAAGAAGCAACUGAUAACCUUGAAAUAUGAUACACCAAGUGGAUCCCGAAUAAUAUCAAAAUAAAACAUAAUAUCCGCAAAUCGUGUUUACGGAUAAAACUGUAUAAACUUAUUUAUGUCAAUACUAGAGGGCGCUAGUAAUCCAGUACUU